AUGCUCCGUCGCGUUUGCUCGUCGGCAGCGGCCUCCCACGCCGCUGCCGCGACGAUGGCUGCGCGCAGCCUCACCUACCAACCGCGCAUCCGCGACGUGCAGUUCCUGUACGAGGAGGUUUUCGCCAUGUACGACCACUACAAGAAUCUGGGCAAGAGCCCCGCUUGUGGCUCUGACAGCGUGGUCACGAAGGAGCUGAUGGAUGCGCUGCUGGAGGAGAGCUCGAAGCUUGCGGUGCAGACGUUGUUCCCGUUGUACGAGUCCAGCGACAGUGAGGGCUGCGUGCUGAAGGACGGCAACGUGACGACGCCCAAUGGCUUCAAGGAGGCGUACCAGGCGCUCACGGCGGGCGGCUGGACCGGUAUUAAUGAGGCCGAGAAGUACGGCGGGCAGGGGCUGCCCCUGUCGGUCGGGUUCACGACACGUGAAAUGAUAGCGACAGCGAAUUGGGGGUUCAGCAUGUAUCCUGGGCUCUCUCUGGGUGCCUGCCGCACUCUCAUGUCAUGGGCAAGCGACGAGAUGAAGGACCAGUACCUGCCCAAGCUGGUGAGUGGUGAGUGGAGCGGGACGAUGUGUCUGACGGAGCCGCAGUGCGGGACGGACCUGUCACAAGUGAAGACGAAGGCGGAGCCAUCCGGCGACGGCAAGUCGUACCGCAUCUCCGGGACGAAGAUCUUUAUUUCCGCCGGUGACCACGACCUGACGGACAAUAUUAUUCACGUUGUGCUUGCGCGGCUGCCGAACUCGCUGCCGUCGACGAAGGGGCUGUCGCUAUUCCUUGUGCCGCGGCAUGUUGUGAACGAUGACGGGUCACUGGAGGCUGCGAGGAAUGUGGAGUGCAUUGCGCUGGAGAAGAAGAUGGGGAUCAAGGGCAGCUCGACGUGCCAGCUGAGCUUCCAGAACUCUGUGGGGUAUCUGAUCGGCGAGCCGAGUGCCGGGAUGAAGCAGAUGUUUACAUUCAUGAACGCCGCGCGAGUCGGGUGCGCGCUGGAGGGCAUCUGCCACGCGGAGCUUGCGUUCCAGAACGGGCUGCGGUACGCGCGCGAGCGGCGGUCUAUGCGCGCGCUUGGCGGCACAAAGGAACCGGAGAUGGUGGCGGACCGGAUCAUCUGCCACGCGAACGUGCGGCAGAAUGUGCUGUUUGCGAAGGCUAUUGCGGAGGGCGGGCGCGCGCUGCUGCUGGACGUUGGGCGGCUGCUGGACCUCCACGCCGCUGCGCCGGACGCUGCAACUGCGGAGGCGCUAGACCACGAGAUCGGCUUCUACACACCGAUCGCGAAGGCGUGUGUGACGGAGUGGGGGGUGGAGGCAGCGAGCCGGUUGCUGCAAGUGUGGGGCGGGCACGGGUAUAUUAAGGGCAACGGAAUGGAGCAGAUCCUGCGCGACUCGCGCAUCGGGACCAUCUACGAGGGCACGACGGGCGUGCAGGCACUGGACUUCAUUGGACGCAAGGUGCUGAGCACGAAGGGCGGCAACCAGGCAAAGCGGUUCGGGAAGCGCGUGAGCAAGCUUGCGUGGGCGCACAUGCUGUCGACCGGCGCACUGGGGCGGUACGGGCGACAGCUGUGGCUGAUGCAGAAGCAGUGGCGGAUUGUGACGACCCGGAUCGGACUCAUGGCGUUGAAAAACCGCGACGCCGCCGCCGCGUCGUCGGAGGACUUCCUGAUGUACACGGGAUACAUGACCCUUGGAUACUACUGGCUACGGAUGGCGGAGGUGGCCCAGCGCAGGGUGGCAGCCGGGCAGGACGCGGACGGGUUCUACCAGACGAAGCUGGACACGUGCGAGUACGUGUUCACGCGCAUUCUGCCGCGCGCUGAGGCACACAAGAGGAUCAUGCUGGCGGAGCCGACGCUGUGCAGGUACAAGGAGGAGAACUGGGACAUCUGA